AUGAGAAUCAGCAACUUGUCUGAUGAUCUGCUGAUCAAGAUAUUAUCUUUUCUCCCAACGAAAGUUGCAGUCUCCACAAGCAUUUUAUCCAAACAAUGGCGGUUUCUCUGGAUGUGGCUGCCUACGCUUGAGUACAACGACAAUGAAAUCUCCGUCAUCGCUCCAUUGUCAGCUUCAUGGUUGAGGUAUGAAGAAUUCAUCAACAAGAAUCUCCCAUUGCAUAGAGCUCCAAUCAUAGAAACCUUCCUUAUCAGCUUCGUUCGUAACAGAAUCACUCACCCUGAGAAACUCAAACUUUGGGUAGAGAUUGCUGUUUCUCGCUCCGUGCGUGAGCUAAGCGUUGGCUAUUUUAGUCACAGUGAAGAGUUCUUCUUAUCGUUGCCGAUUAGUUUGUAUGCUUGCGAUUCGCUCAUGGCUUUGAAACUUCAAGGCAAGAACGUUCUUGUUGAUGUUGUUCCUUUAACCGUUUCUCUCCCUAUGCCAAAGCUUGAAGAGGCAGAGUUUCGUGUCUCUCAAGUGAAUGAGAAAGUUUUGGAAUCAGUCACAUUUGUCAAACGUCUUUCAUUAAGCUCACUAGAGUCUGUGUAUCCAAGUGUUGGUAUUGUCAUGAGUCAGCUUGAGCAUUUGGAGCUGCGUGUGUACAAGAAUGAUUGGUCCAAGUUACUUAUCUGGUUGCUAAGAAACUCUCCUAAACUUCGAGUCCUUAAUCUCUACGUCGGUUUUUAUCGACGAGAUGAUGAGGAGUAUGAACCGGUUGACUUGAAGAAUGAAGAAGAGAGCUCUGUUCCUGAAUGCUUGUUGAGGAGUCUUGAAACUUUUGAGUUUUCAAGUCACAUGGGGACACAAGAGGAGAGAUGUUUCUUGAGUUUCUUCUUCACACACGCUUCUUGCUUGAAGUCUGCAUCAGUCAUUCAUCGAGCCCCACGUCAUGGUCUGCAAUCUAUCUAA